UGCCAUCCCGCAGGACCAGAAAGGCAGCUCGAGCCUGAGGGAUCUAUAUAAUUCCAAAUUAAUAGAGAACAAUUUUAUAAUCAUUAACCGUUAUAAUCACCAGCAGAUAAGUGAUCAAAUGUAUUAGUUAUACAGUGUUUGCAUAGUAACAUUGCUACAAGCAAUAAAGUGGACUCAAUCGGAUGACGUAACAAAAGUCUGAAGUAGGACCACUUUGAGAAUGCGGAAGUGUGGCACUAAUUUCAAUUUCGCAGUCGUGAGGGUGAGACUUUCAGCUUGAAAUUGUUGUAGGAUAUGAGUAAGUGUAAUGGAUGAAAACGAGUGCGGGGACGGGAACUACCUUUUACAAGAUGAAGGUUCACUCAUCGAAGGCGUCAGCAACCCUGUGCUCUUUGUGGUCGUUCUAAGUGUUACGUUUUUGUGUGGUCUUCUGACACUGCUUUGCAGAAAUGAGCAACAGAACAUCCACCCAGAGAACCAGGAGCAUGUGCGCGCCGUUCGCCAGCAGCUCCAAUCCGAGCAGGAAUCACCCCCAGAACCCAGGCCUCAGUACUACACUGAUAUGUCCUGUCCAGUGUGUUUACAACAGGCCGUGUUGCCUGUAGAAACCAACUGUGGUCACCUCUUCUGUGGUGCAUGUAUAAUUGCAUACUGGAGGUAUGGGACUUGGCUGGGGGCGAUUCAUUGUCCCAUCUGCAGACAAAUAGUGACGUUGGUUUUCCCUCUCUUCAAUGAGCAAGCCUCCCCCCAGCAGGUCCAGGAUGGGGAGGCAGAGCCCACCCUUAUCAUGCAGGACGUCAACGACUAUAACCGCAGGUUCUCCGGACAGCCCAGAUCCAUUAUGGAGCGUCUAAGGGAUGUGCCCACACUGCUUCGCCACGCCUUCCGGGAGAUGUUCUCCAUGGGCGGCCUCUUCUGGAUGUUCCGCAUCCGUAUCCUGCUGUGUCUGGUCGGCGCGCUGACGUACCUCGUCUCUCCGCUGGAUUUCAUCCCCGAGGCUCUGUUUGGUCUGCUGGGCUUCAUGGACGACUUCUUUGUCAUUCUCCUGCUCUUUAUCUACAUCUCGAUCAUGUACCGGGAGGUGGUGACUCAGAGACUCGUCGGCUGACACCAGAGGAGACGCCCCCCUCCCCCCUCCCCUCCCCCCUCAACUCAUAUCAGGUCAAGGAUCAUCAAGGACUACCAAGGCUCCAAGUCUCAGAAUAUGGGCAAAAACACUGUGACUUUAGCACUACCUGGGCCUCAAUCCUACCCUGCUGCCUACUAUCAUGGCACUGGCUGGAGUGAUCUCAUAUGGGUUCAGAAUACUAAUUAAAGUGUGUCAAGUUAUAGCCUGUAAUAAGUGAAGAAACUGGAGUCUGUACAGAAGGGAAGUAAGUUAUCGGAUUGUCUUUGUUUUGUCUGAAAUGUACCUUCAAUACCACUGGACUGAAUGGACUGCACAUACCAGUCUGUAAGCAGGGCACUUACCACAAUCCCUCUCAUAGGAAUACCAGUCAGUUCUAAAGGAUCUCAUUUGAUAUGUGUUCUUGACGAUUGUGGGAUUGAUUACUGAGUAGUUAAACAAGGAAAAGGAAGACAUUUGUCAAAUAACAAAUAUCUCUUGAUCUUACGGAACUGUGCACCCAUACAACAAUUUCCUCAAUGAAAUUGCUAGUUAUGUUUGUUUUGGGCCUCUGUGAGACCCAAACUACUUAGAUGCCUUAACUUUUGCUUCCCGUUCUUACUUCUUCCCUCUUUAGCUUUCUCUCUGCUUGAUAUUUUUUCAGAUUCAACGUCCAAACCUCAGGCAUAUGGUUUGUGUUAAUGUCAUGGCAGAGGUGAUCAGACUUCUUGUCCAUCAUAAAUCAAGCCCAGCACCCUAACCCUCUAUGAACUUCCGUCAGAGGAGCCAUUUAAAAGCUGCAAGCAAUGUGGCAUUGAGUUGAAUAUGUUGUCUGGUGAGCAGGCUUGUAUUGCAACAAUUUUGGUUUCACCAUUUCCCACAACUCACAGUUCUACAUUCACAAUGAGUGAUUUGGGAACAGGGCCAAAUCGUUUUUUUCUCUCUCGCCUAUUAAGAAUGUGGCACAGACAUGGGCUUCUGACAAAAAAAGAAGACAAAUUCCAGGAAAGAUGUCCUUGUCUCUAAAAUAUAAAGACAUGUAAUAACAUGCAAUCUGUGAAUAAUCACUGGAAUAUUGUAAGUACAGUAAAGGUGAAGAUAUUACAUACAA